UUAGCCACAAUGCCUUGGAGAAAGAGAGCUCGGGACACCAAUGAACAGGACAACAAUGGAGAAUCUACGGGGAAUCGGACCGGAGAGGCUUCAGGGUAUGAGAAUUUCAGGAACCAGAGGAUCAAAGAGAACAUGGAGAGAAUGCAGAAACUGGGGAUUCCCGACCUCUCUCAGAAGCUCAAAUCCAAAACUGCCCUUCCCAAGCCUACUCCAAAAAACCCUACUCAAAGAAAAACCCAGAACCCAUUGCCCCUUCCCGACUCCCCAAGGCGCUCUUCAAGGUUGAAGAGUUUGACUCCUGUUAGCUAUUCGGAAAUCCGUGAUAAAAAGAAGAGGAACUCCUCGGAGAAUAAUGAGAUUCACAUACGGGAAGGUUCUGAGCCAGAAAUUUACUCAGAAGAACAUGAUAAGCUUCUGGGAGAUUGUAAGGAAAAUUGGACACUGUUUGUGGAUGGAUAUGGCGAGGAUGGGAAGCGCAUAUAUGAUCCGGUCAAGGGAAAAACAUGCCAUCAAUGCAGACAGAAAACGCUUGGUCAGCAUACCCAUUGCAUCAAAUGCAACUUGGUCCAAGGGCAGUUUUGUGGGGAUUGCUUAUACAUGAGAUAUGGAGAGAAUGUGAUAGAAGCCAAUCAAAAUCCCAAUUGGAUUUGCCCUGUUUGUCGAGGAAUUUGCAACUGCAGUCUUUGCCGUCAGGGAAAAGGGUGGAUGCCCACUGGUUCCCUCUACAGGAAGGUUUUAAGACUGGGCUUCAAGUCUGUGGCACACUAUCUCAUUCAGAGCCGUCGCUCUCAAAGCAACUUGGAAGACUCAGGUAAUGAAACAUUGGCUUCUCCAGAGGGAUCGCAGCUUUCUGAACUUCUUGACACAGACAAGAGCCCUGAUGGAGGACUCUCAAAAUCUGUGUUUCAUGGUGCAGAUUUGCACCAUGGUGCAGAGAUCUCUGCACCAUGA